GAAAGCAGACAGUAGUGCUGACAUGGAGCUAGAGGGCUAUUUAAAUCCCUGCAUGUGUGUGUGUGUGUGUGUGUGUGUGUGUGCGCGCAUACAGUUGUCAGACCUAAUGAGUUCAGGAGAAUUUCAGACUUCUUCAGCUGUCAUUUCCAGGAGAUGGCCAAGAGGAACAGCUCCCUGCCAAGAAUAAGUUUUGUUCAAAAACCAGAUGAGGACGAUAGAGAGGCAAGAGGAAGAGGAGGGAGGAAACAAGGAGGAAGAGGAAACGCAGGAGGAGGAGGGGUGGAGUUGCGAAGCAUCUGUGCUUUGGCAGCAUUGGCCGUCUGAAUGAGAGGGUUGGUCUUUUUCCAGCUCUGCUGUUCAGUUCUCUCCAACACUGACUGAACAGCGUCCGGACUCAGGAUGGAGCAGGAGCAGGAGCAGGAGCAGGAGCAGGAGGAGGCGACAGGAUGAGGAGAGAGUCAGAGGGUGAAGUGAUGUGAAGGGUGGAGAGAAGAACACAGUCGGGUGUGAUCAGAUGUGUGACUGAGCGGCUGUUCCUCGAUCCAACAGAGAAGUUUGAAGGAGAUCCGCUCUCAUGGCUGCUUCCACCACACAGGAGCCGGUGAAGACCCAACAGAAGUGUGUUGCCAUCUUUGCUCUCCUCUGCUGCUUUGCCGUGCUGCUGGUUCUGAUCUUCUCGUCGGUGGAUAUCUGGUGGGACGAUGAGGAUGGAAUCACAGAGGAGAACUGCAGCAGGAACUGUCGCAUCAUGCUGGUGGAGAAUGUUCCAGAAGAUCUCUACCUCCCUGUGGAGUUCAGAGGUCACCUCUCUCUCUCGGUGGGCAUCCGCACUCUCUUGAACCAGGCAAAGCAGUCAGUGGAAGUGGUGUCACCAGUGUGGAACCUGAAAGCACAGGAUGUGGAAAACGUACCGAGCCGUGACAAAGAGGGUCGGCUUUUGUUCCAGCAGCUUCUCAGCCUGAAGUCUCGUGGGGUUAAAUUGAAGAUUGCCAGCAGCCUGACUAACUCUGCUGAGCUGAAGACCUUGGCAGCAGACAGUGCAGAGGUUCAUUUUGUUAACAUGACAGCUCUUACCAGAGGACGACUCCAGUCUUCCUUCAUGGUCGUGGACCGCAGGCAUUUCUACAUGGGGAGUGCAGACAUGGACUGGAGAUCAUUCUCCAAGAGGAAGGAGCUGGGGGUGCUGGUGUACAACUGCAGCUGCCUGGCUCUGGACCUCCAUCGAGUCUUUUCGUUCUACUGGCAGCUCCAUGACAGGGACUACAUCCCCUCCAUCUGGUCAAAGAGGGUAUCUGCACUGUACGGGAGGCAUGAGGCCCUGGAGCUGCAGCUCAACACAACCUCGGCCACUGCUUAUGUUUCUACCUCACCUGAUGUCUUCUGCCCGAAAGAUCGCACCAGAGACAUAGAAGCCAUCCACCAAGUCAUCCAGAGUGCUCAGUCCUUCGUCUUCAUAUCUGUGACUGACUAUCUUCCUCUGGUGAACAGAAGCUUCAGAGGAACAACAGUCACGAGGUACUGGUCGCUGAUCGAUGAUGUCAUCAGAGAGGCUGUGGUCCUAAGACGGGUUCGGGUCCGCCUGCUGGUCAGCUUCUGGACAAAGACUCACCCUCUCACCUUCAACUUCCUCACCUCACUGAAGUCUCUGUGCUUGUACCUGCACAACUGCUCCCUGGAGGUGAAGUUCUUUAGACUCAGAGAACAGAAGAGUGGAGUUCAACUGGGACUCAACCACAACAAGUACAUAGUGACUGACAGUGCUUUCUAUAUCGGCAGCCACGACUGGGUUGGCAGUGACUUUGCCUUAAAUGCAGGCGUCGGUCUGGUGGUGAUGAUGAGAAACAGCCUGGCAGAUGGAGGAGCGACCAUCCUGGAGCAGAUGAAGGGUGCAUUUCAGAGAGACUGGACGUCACAUUACGCCAAGAGUCUUCUAGGAAGUAAAGAGGAACAGAGGAAAUCCAGGAACUGGAAACAAGAAGAUGUUCUAUGAAGACCAGAGUCUGUGGAACAGCAGUUCACUUGAUAGACACAGAAUGUUUUAUAAAGAAGAAAAAACACCUUUAGGGCAAGAGAACUGUAUGACAACUAUAUUUUAAAAUAUAUAUCCAUGUAUAUAUAAUAUAAACAUGUACCUCAUAAACUGAAUGACUGUUAACCUUUGAUUUGUCAAACACUGAUGGGGACAAUAUCAUGUUUUGCCCUUUUAAAAUGUGUUUGCUCAUUUUUCUUCCCUAUUUGUUUCUUGUUUCCUUUUUUUUUUGCUUUGUCUUCUGUCCAUUUAGCAUCUUUUUCCAUUCUUGUUCUUGUUCUUCUCUACCCUGUAAGUAAUUACUUUACACCUUCUGUUAGUUGUUCCCUAGUCUUUUUUGCACCUUUUCUUCAUUUCUGGGCGUUUUGUUUUUGCAUUUUAUUUGGAUCUCUCACUGCAUGUUCUGCAGGAAAUGCAAAACAUAUUUCUACAGAGAAACUGAGAAAGACCUGACAGAUUGAGGUUGAUAUUUACUAACUAUUGAUUUGACUUUUUUUUUUCAUAGAGAGAAAACAACUUACUGUGUAUGAGGGAAACUCCACUGUUACACCUGUUGUGAUAUAAUGCUGUAUGUUUGAUUAGUGCAUGAUGAAAACCUGUUGCAUGGAGGUGCAAUAAAGACAAAGUACUAACUUCACUCUCAGUUAUGAAACUAGUAUGUUCUGCACGGGACAUGUACAGAAAUAUUUAAUCAAACUCCAUCAGUGUCAUUAGAGCAAGACACUCUGUUUUCACUGUAUCUAAUAAACAGUUUUGCUUUUUUAAAAGUUUGGUUUAGACAGCGUAUGUAAAGUGUGUGGCUCUGCGUUUGGAUUAUUUAUUAUCAAUAAUUAUUAUCUGAGCCUUUUUAUGUACUUUUGGUCCUUAACCACAGCAAAAUAUGCAUACAUGUGGAUUCUGGAAUUUUCAAAUGAGGAAGAAGAAUUAAGUUCAUUUUAAAAUAUGUUUAACAUUUCAUUUAACCUUUUCCUGUGGCUGCUGGGAUUGCUACAAAUCACUGUAAAAUGGUACAAAACAACACAUCAUCAGCCCUGGACAUUAUGGUCGGGGGUCGCUGCCUGGCUGAAUUUAACUAUAGUAUGACUCCCCCUGCUGGUCACCUUCACUCUCCCUGCUAACUUCCUCCUUAGUGAAAAUAUUAGAGAUAUCUUUAUCUUUUCAUUGAAAACGUGUCCACAAACACCAGUGUUCCUGUACCAACACCACAGAGGCAGCCAUGAUAUGAUACUCUGUUGCUGACUCAAUUAAUGUCGUAAUGGGGGAAACACACAACGGAUGCUAACGUUCGUGAAACAGUGGAGAUGUUUACGUUUAUCCAGAUGGAGAGCUAACUAGACUAAAGUAAAACACACCUACAGUGUUGUUUAAGAUCAUUUUCCCAGAAACCAAAUGGAACCAAAGUUGGCAGAAAAAAAGUUGACAAGAAAUUAUCUGUUCUUACCUUA